AUGGGUCGUUCCCCGUCCCCAGUAGCGCGCAGGCGCUCCCGCAGCCCUGCUGCUGCUGCUGCUGCUGACAGACACAGGCGUCGCCACCACCGCCGCAGCAGCAGCAGCGGCAGCCACUACAGCAGCAGCAGGAAGCACAGGGGGCGCAGCAGGAGCGGCAGCAUGCGCAGGCGUACGAAAGACAGAGCUGCAGCAGCAGCAGCAGCAGGGGGCAGCAGCAGCAGCAGACAGCAUCGACGCCGCAGCCGCAGCCGCAGCAACAGCAGCAACAGGCGACGCAGGAGCAGGAGCAGCAGCAGCAGCAGAUACCGCAGGCCUAUCCGCCGUUCUCCCUCAGUGCAGCGUCCUGGUGCAGCAGCAGCAGCAGCAGCAGCAGCAGCAGCAGCAAGAGGUUUUCCCUCUGCUUCAUCCCGUGGCGGUUACAGCAGCAGCAGCAGCAUGCGUACACCGAACGGCUCAGCAGCAGCAGCAGCAGCAGCUGCUGCUGCUGCUCCUUCUCCGCCUGUUACCUAUGGAUAUACAGCUAGAAGGGGGGCCCCCCCGCAUCUGCUUCCGCCGCUGCCAGCAACAGCAGGGUCUGGUUUGGGUGGGGCCCCCUGGGGCUACGGCAGCAGCAGCAGCAGCAGCAGCAGCAGCAGCAGCGGGUGGUUCAACCAGCUGCCUAUACACCCCAACGACCCACGAGCAGCACAGGGGGGGUGGAGGGGGGGGUCACCCCCCCCAGAGUUUUUUGCUGCGAGGAUGAAGCUGCGGGGGCAGCUGCAGCGGCAGCAGGAGGAUAAGCUGCUGCGGCGAGCGCAGAAGAAGGCUGCUCGUCGGCAACAAUUCAGAGAAGUAGAUAGAGAGAAAGAACCCCCCUUUUUGUUGAGGGUUUUCUGCCGCUUAGACUCGCAGCAUUCUGUUGAGGAGUUUAGGGUUAGGGGCCAGGAACCAGUGCAGGAUGAGCUGCAGGUGUAUGCGUGGAUGGAUACGCGUUUGCGGGAGAUUUGUUAUUUAAUAAAAGAUGUUUGUGCUGAGGCGAGAGAUAGAAAGGCGCUGUGGCAGUUCAGGCUUUGUUACCCCGACAAAGAAGGCCAGAACGUAUUCGCGGAUGUUGGCUUGCUGCACUCCAUCAUCCCCGACCCCAAAGAAGACUCACGCACCCUCGCUGACGUGAAGUUUCAAGUGGGGGACUUUCUGGUGUUAUCUAUUCUGAGGAAGCAGAGCAGCAGCAGCAGCAGCAGCAGCAGCAGCAGAAGGCUGGCCCCAUACAAAGACCCAAAACUAUGCAUGCGUGAGGAGUGGAUAUACACCCCACGCCCCUCUGUGCUGCACCAGUCGCUGCCUGCUGCUGCUGCUGCUGCUCCUGCUCCUGCUGCUGCUGCUGCUCCUGCUCCUGCUGCUGCUGCAGCAGAGGGCAAGAGCGCACGCAGUGCUGCAGCAGCAGAAGAAACAGCAGCAAAUAAUAAUGUACAAAAGGAAGACACAGAGAUGCUUGUUGAUAGAGAUUCUCCUGCUGCUGCUGCUGCUGCUGCUCCUAAAGCAGCAGCAGCAGCUGCUGCUGCUGCAGCAGCAGAUGAAGACACCAGCAAACAAACAGCUGCACAGCCAGCGGAGGAUGCUGCAGCAGCUGCUGCUGCAGCAGAGAAGCAGCAGCAGGAGAAACAGCAGCAGAAUCGAGAGGAAAUGCAGCAAGACGAAGAACAGCAGCAGCAGCAAGAUGAACAGCAGCAGCAGCAGCAGCAGCAGCAAGAUGAACAGCAGCAGGAACAGCAGCAAGAUGAGCAGCAACAGCAACAGCAGCAAGACGAGCAGAAUGGAGAGCAGCAAGAGCAGCAGCAGCAGCAGCAGCAGCAGCAGCAGGGAGAGGAUUCGGAUCGCCCCCCAAGCGUAGCGCGGGAGGAAGCAGAAGAGGAAGCAGCAGCAGAAGACAGCAGCAAAAGCAGCAGCAACAAAGGAAAGGCAAUUGUUGCAGAGAGCAGCAGCAGCAGCAGCAGCAGCAGCAGCAGCAGCAGCAAGAAGAGCAAAGCAUCAGCUGCAGACAGCAGCAGCAGCAGCAGCAGCAGCAGCAAGAAAGAGGCAGCUGCGAAGGCUGAUGAACCCUCCACAAAGAGACGCUCAGCUCGACUAGCCAAAGACAAAAAGUAA